AUGGCUGUGUCUCCCUACCGCAUUGCUGGAGUCGGUGAUCCGAAUCUCUGCGCAAACCUGAGCAUUUGCUGGGAGAUGUCACAUAGCGAAGAGGGAGCUGUCAAGCACCAUGUGUAUCUGUGCUGCGGUUUGUGUCCUGUCGUUGCCUCGCAGCAGCCACAGAAUUGGUGCACAAAGAAGCCUCACCUCAAGUGCACUCCGAACCCAGCCCCAGCAAUCCUUGAUCGACCCAAAACAUCGUCAUUGAUCCUGCGCUGCGAAGAUCGGUAUACCCUUCCAUACGGAAUCCUCUUGUUGAACGAUGCAACCUUCCGAUCCGAUCAGGGACUCUGCUGCAGUCGGGUCCAGAAUUCGAGCCUUGGUAUUGGUACUCAUGGUCCUCUCUCCGUCACGCUCUGCUGGUUCUGUGUAACUCGGGAGGCUAUUUCUGGCACCUUCACAAAAUUUCCGAGCAGCUGGCGCUCGUCCAGCACGCUCCAACCCCAUGUCUGCAGGAGAACCAGAUAA